CAUGGCAACCAAGCCCGACUGGUAGUGAUUGCAACCGGCGGGAGCGUGGCUGCCGCGCCUUCGCUCACAUCCGGGUAUUUUCGACAGCCGCUGACCCUCCCUCCACCUCCCGCGGUCGUGAAAGAGGGUGCUUUCCGGACCUAUAAGCAGUGGAACAGGUCUUACGCCCCCGAGCUAUUUAUUUAACAAACAAAAAAAAUUGUCCGCUGUUCUUAAUGCCUUAAUAAAUUUAGCGUGGAAAUAAGGCGGCCGCGGUGGCUGCUGGGAGAAGCCGGGCUCUCCUCCAAUCAGAGCACGCGGCGCGGAGAAGAACAGCGUCGACGUGACGGGCUCGCGUCGGACCGAGGAAGCGGAGCGAGAACGGUCAAUCCACACAGUGAGCAGCCUCCCAAAUGGAUGGGGAAGGGUUUGGGGAGCUCCUGCAGCAGGCAGAGCAGCUUGCAGCAGAAACAGAGGGCAUCGCUGAGCUUCCUCAUGUCGAACGCAACCUCCAAGAGAUCCAGCAAGCAGGAGAGCGCCUGCGCUCCCGGACACUGACCCGCACUUCCCAGGAGACGGCAGAUGUCAAGGCAUCAGUUCUCCUUGGGUCCAGAGGUCUUGACAUCUCCCACAUCUCCCAGCGGUUGGAGAGUCUUAGUGCUGUAACAACAUUUGAGCCUCUAGAGCCUGUAAAGGACACAGAUAUACAGGUAAGGGUCUUUGUGUAAUGAUGUGUGAACAGU